AUGCGUAUGUAUAUGGAAAAUGGUGCAUUGGCCAGGUCGGUCGACCUGGACGUGGACCUGGACCUGGACGUGGACGUGGACGUGGACGUGGACGUGGACGUGGACAUGGACGUGGACGUGGACGUGGACGAAGACAUGGUCGUGGAUGUGGACAUGGACGUGGACGUGGACGUGGACAUGGACGUGGACGUGGACGUGGACGUGGACGUGGACGUGGACGUGGUCGUGGACGUGGACGUGGACGUGGACAUGGACGUGGACGUGGACAUGGACGUGGACGUGGACGUGGACGUGGACAUGGACGUGGACGUGGACGUGGACGUGGACGUGGACAUGGACGUGGACGUGGACGUAGACAAGGACGUGGACUUGGACAUGGACGUGGACGCUCGUGGACCAGGCAAGCUCCUGGACCAGGCAAGCUCCUUGACCAGGAUAGCUCCUGGACUAGGCAAGCUCCUGGACCAGGCACACUCCUGGACCAUGCAAGCUCCUAGACCAGGCAAGCUCCUGGACUAG